CGGAGCCGCCGCCCUUUCCCCACCCCCGGCGCCCGGCCCUGCCGCCAGCCCUGAGCUCCUCCAGCUGCCCUGCGCAUUUCUCCGACCACAUCGUCCGCACCAUGAAGGCUCUCCUGCUCGCUGUGCUGGCCGCGGUGCUGUGCGUGGAGAGAGCCCACACACUCAUCUGCUUUUCCUGCUCGGAUGCCUCCUCCAACUGGGCCUGCCUGAAGCCUGUCAAGUGUGAUGAGAAUGAAAACCACUGCGUGACGACGUAUGUCGGAGUGGGACUCGGCGGCAAAUCUGGCCAGUCCAUCUCCAAGGGAUGCUCUCCCAUCUGCCCCAGCGCCGGGAUCAACCUGGGAAUAGCGGCCGCCUCCGUUUACUGCUGCGACUCCUUCCUCUGCAACAUCAGCGGUUCCAGCAGCGUCCGAGCCAGUUACGCCAUCCUGGCCUUGGGAAUUCUCGUCAGCUUCAUCUACGUCCUCCAGGCUCGCCAGUGAUGGGGCUGCCCGAGGAAGAGCCGCCUCCCACGGGUCUCGUUAGCCAAUAUCUUCUCUGUUGCUGUCUGCAAGGAGAUCCUCUACUUCUCAGCAGGCUUCCAAGGUGAUUGUUUCCCAGACUUUUUGCUCUUCCAAGAAUUGGAGACCUGAGCGGUUUGGCCAAGCUGUUCUCCUCCUCCUGUGGACGUCUCCCACUGCACUCUCGCUCCUCCUUGGCCAAGGUGGAUAAUUUUUGAAGGGUUUCUGCUUUUUCUACCUAUUAAUAAUCUACCCACCCCCCCCCUCAUUUCUAAGGUUGGUUAAAACCAGGCUGGGACUCGCUGAGAACAAAUUCACCCCAAGCACCACCAGGUCUGCUCCAGCACAUGGGUGGCACAGGCAGUGGGAAUGCAGGAUCCAAAGGGAGACACAUUCCUGGCCCCUCACAGCUGCAGUCUCUUUUUAUAAAAUUGUCUCGUUUCUUCUGAUCCUGGGCUGACUUUUCUGGAAAACCAAUGCCGUGUACCUUGUCCUUCCAAGUUCUGUAAGUGCCAGACCUGAAUAAACUUGCUCCUGUUGUUACCUGA